GUGUGUGAGGAACAAAAGAGUUCUCAUUGUGUCGAAAUUAUUGUAAGCAUAUUCUGAGAAAGAUAUGUCAAACAAUAAUUUCAAUAUCGUUUGGUCCGGUCCUAAAUUGAAUUAUGAAUUAGAUUUCAAUUAUUGGGAAUUUAUGAUGACAACACAUCUUAAAGCUCACAACAUCUGGAGCUAUGUGGAGUCUGGUUUGCAACAAGGAGCUGAUGAACUUGCUCGUAGAAGGGACCAGCUGGCACUAUCACAAAUUCUUCAAGGAAUAGAUUACUCAAUUUUCGGCAAAAUAGCAAAUGCGAAGACUUCGAAAGAAGCGUGGGACAUAUUGAAGUUGUCACAUAAAGGAGUAGAGAAAGCUCAGAAAUCAAAGCUGCAGUCUCUGCGUAGAGAAUACGAAAGAUACCGGGACUGUGCUGGAGAGAUAGAGAGAUCGUAAUUGAACCCAGUUCUAGUUUCAGACUAUUUUAGGUUUUGAUAUUCUGUUUGAUUUGAGACACGUUCUCUGGUGGUGUAGUUUUUAUUUGGAGAAACUAUGUUUUGAUGAUAUUCUGUUUUCAUUGAGACUCAGUUCUCUAGUGGUGGAUUUUGUUAAGACUCCUAGAUUAAUUUUUAUGUGUUGCAUGAUAUAAAUUGUUUGUU